AUGGUUCACCAACCACCCCCUCUUCCACUAGGUUCAGACGGCGAGGUCGACCUCCGCGCCCCCCUGACAUCAGAUACCAUCCUCCAAGUCCGCACCGGCCGAAUGGCUCCUCUCGCUCCCUUGAGCAUAAAAUCCGGCAUCAACAAAACUUUGAGGUCUGGACCUGUUCAAAUCACAAAGUUGGGGUUGGAAGGUGACGAGCAAGAUCCUACGUUUCAUGGGGGUGUUGAUAAGGCUGUUCACGGGUCCGCCGAGAGGUUCGUCCCCGGGGGGUUCGGGGAGAAUCUUGUUCUUGGCUUCAUGAACGAGAGGAAUGUUUGCAUAGGCGACAUCUUUGAGAUAUCAGACUCAAAUGCCGUGUUGCAGAUUUCACUUCCAAGACAGCCUUGCUUCAAACUCAACCACCGCUUCCACCUCCCCAACUUCGCACCCAACACCUACCGCCUCUCCCGGACGGGGUACUACUUCCGCGUUCUCACUCCCGGGCUCGUCGAAGCAGGGAAUAAACUGACUUUGGUCUCCCGCCCCCACCCCGACUGGACUAUUGAGCGCAUCCAGCGGUACCUCCAUAAGGAAACAGACAACUAUGACAUGAACCUCGAGCUUUCUCAAAUAGAAGAGUUUGGGGCCGAGUGCAAAGACAACUUCACCCGGCGAGUCCUACGAGCGAGGGCAAAAGCCAAUAAAAAACCAAAGGAGAAGUGGGUGCCCUACCAGGUGGUAGAAAGAAAGGAGCAAACGAAGAGGAUAACUUCCUUUGUCCUCGAAGCGGUUGACAAAUUUGCGGAAGGGGAAGAGAAGGAGCUCAGCCCAGGUGCUCACGCAAAGAUCAAACUGGGAAAGGGCCUCGUCAGGGCGUAUUCCAUCGUCGACGGUGACAAAGAGCGGUUCCAGUUGGCUGUUGCCCUUGAGGAAAAGAGCCGCGGUGGGAGCAAGUACCUCCAUCACGAGGUCAAAGUAGGGGAUGUGCUACAAGUGGGGGCUAUCACGGCUGCGGUGCCGACUGUUUCGGCGGCUAGUCACCAUGUUUUUGUCGCGGGUGGCGUGGGUGUUACGGCGUUUUUGGCAAUGGUAUGUAUGUCUUGGAAAUGCAGCUUUAGGUCCCAACCAACCAGGCUGACAAAGAUUUUCUACAAGGUCGAGUUCUACAAGAGUAUACACUACAGCGUUGUCCUGCAUUACGCCGUCCGAUCUGCAGAUGAUGUGCCGUUUCGAGACCGGAUCGAGGAGCUGAAGAAGGAAGGACAGCUGGUGCUCUACGACAAGGCUGCCGGGCAGAGGAUGGAUAUACGGCAGAUCAUCCAGAGUAGGGGUUGGAACUCGCAGCUGUAUUUCUGCGGGCCAAAGAGAUUGAUGGAUCAGGCCGAGAGGGAGGUCAAAGAACUUGGUGUUUAUCAAAAGGAGGUGCACUACGAAGCCUUCGAGGCAGACCUGAGCGGGGAUCCCUUUGAGGCUGUCGUGGCGAACAAGGGCGGGGUGGUUGUCAAGGUCGGGGAAGACGAAACCCUGCUCGAGGUCCUGCAGAAGCAGUUUGACCAGCCCGACUCGAGCUGCUGUGUGGGGAACUGCAAGACUUGUCUGGUUGAGCUCAAGGCUGGCCGGGUUGAUCACCGCGGGACGGCUCUGACGGAUGACGAGAAGGUCACAUCAAUGUUGUCGUGCGUCAGCCGUGGGGUUGGGCGUAUUACCAUUGAGAUCUGA